CAGUAUCUAGUUAGGUGUCCCUUAUCUAGUUAGGUGUCCAGUAUCUAGUUAGGUGUCCCUUAUCUAGUUAGGUGUCCCUUAUCUAGUUAGGUGUCCCUUAUCUAGUUAGGUGUCCAGUAUCUAGUUAGGUGUCCAGUAUCUAGUUAGGUGUCCAGUAUCUAGUUAGGUGUCCAGUAUCUAGUUAGGUGUCCAGUAUCUAGUUAGGUGUCCAGUAUCUAGUUAGGUUUCCAGUAUAUCUUGGUCCAGCCCUGCUACCCAGUGCUCCAGUCUCUGCAGCCUAUACCCAGGCCCCUCCAGACCAGGUUUUCUCAGGUCCAGGUAUCCUUGCCAGGCCUACCGCCUAACCACCUCCAGAUAAGCCUUCGUGGCCUCCAUUUCUCUAGCCAGGUAGGCCCGCCAACCCCAGUACUCCAGUCUUGCUGCUCCACCCAGGCUCUUCCAGUCCAGGUCCAGCUAUCGCUGUCCGGCCCGGCCAUGGUUCUGUGUGAGGACAGGGAGUGUGGGGUGUGUUAUCAGCCCUACUCCCGUCAGGAUCGGAUCCCCCGGGUGCUCCACUGUAGACACACCUUCUGUGCCACCUGCUUAGAGACCAUGUCCCAGCCCAAGAGUGACAUGGUCACCGUGUGCUGCCCGCUGUGCCGCCAGACCACCUGUGUAGGGCGCGGCCUCAGCCUUCAGGAGGCGCUGUGGGUCAACUCACGCCUCUGGGAAUACAUACCUGAGAGCAAAGAAGAGGAGGAGGAGGUGAAGGAAGAAGAGGAGGAGGAGGAGGGGAAGGAAGAAGAGGAGGAGGAGAGAGUGGAGGCUGACAGACAGACACAGGCCUCCUCACAGGCAGAAUGCCCUACAUCGAAGCGCUCUAGAAAAAUGCUGAAAUUUCCGGCCUUCUUCAGGAAAUUCAGUCUGACAAAACCACAGCAUCAAGAGAGUCUUGUGCCUGGUUGUGGCAACGUGUAAGUAACCUUGUGUUGGAUCAUCUGCUUCAUUGUUAGGUCCAAAUGGCACCCUAUUCCUUAUGUAGUG